AGUCUGCGGCGGGCAGCAGAAGAGUCGUGUCGUGCCUGAGAGCGCGGCUGUGCUCUUGAGCCCCGCGCGGCCCGCCCCCGCGGCUCCUGGCCAAAUUGCCCCUAGGACCCCCUGCCCCAAGCCGCAGCCAUGAACUACCUGCGGCGCCGCCUGUCGGACAGCAACUUCAUGGCCAAUCUGCCGAAUGGGUACAUGACAGACCUGCAGCGCCCGCAGCCGCCCCCGCCGCCGCCCUCUGCUGCCAGCCCCGGAGCCACACCCGGUUCCACGACUGCCACUGCCGAGAGAACCUCCGCGGCCGCCCCAGUGGCCUCACCGGCAGCCCCUAGUCCUGGGUCCUCAGGAGGUGGUGGUUUCUUCUCGUCGUUGUCCAACGCGGUCAAGCAGACCACAGCGGCUGCGGCCGCCACCUUCAGCGAGCAGGUGGGCGGAGGCUCUGGGGGCGCAGGCCGCGGGGGCGCCGCCGCCAGGGUGCUGCUGGUCAUCGAUGAGCCCCACACCGACUGGGCCAAAUACUUCAAAGGGAAAAAGAUCCAUGGAGAAAUUGACAUAAAAGUAGAGCAGGCUGAAUUCUCUGAUCUCAACCUUGUGGCUCAUGCCAAUGGCGGGUUCUCUGUGGAUAUGGAAGUUCUUCGGAAUGGGGUUAAGGUUGUGCGGUCUCUGAAGCCAGACUUUGUGCUGAUCCGCCAACACGCCUUCAGCAUGGCACGCAAUGGAGACUACCGCAGUUUGGUCAUCGGGCUGCAAUAUGCUGGAAUCCCCAGUGUGAACUCCUUGCAUUCUGUCUACAACUUCUGUGACAAGCCCUGGGUGUUUGCACAGAUGGUUCGGCUGCACAAGAAACUGGGGACAGAAGAGUUUCCACUAAUUGACCAGACCUUCUACCCCAACCAUAAAGAGAUGCUCAGCAGCACAACGUACCCUGUGGUUGUGAAGAUGGGACACGCACACUCUGGGAUGGGCAAGGUGAAGGUGGACAACCAGCAUGACUUCCAGGACAUUGCAAGUGUUGUGGCACUGACCAAGACAUAUGCCACAGCUGAACCCUUCAUUGAUGCCAAAUAUGAUGUGCGUGUCCAGAAAAUUGGGCAGAACUACAAGGCUUACAUGAGGACAUCGGUGUCUGGGAACUGGAAGACCAACACUGGCUCUGCAAUGCUUGAGCAGAUAGCCAUGUCUGACAGGUACAAGCUGUGGGUGGACACGUGCUCGGAGAUUUUUGGGGGACUGGACAUCUGUGCAGUGGAAGCACUGCAUGGCAAGGACGGAAGGGACCACAUCAUUGAGGUGGUAGGCUCCUCCAUGCCACUCAUCGGUGACCACCAGGAUGAAGAUAAACAGCUCAUCGUAGAGCUUGUGGUCAACAAGAUGGCUCAGGCCUUGCCACGGCAGCGGCAGCAACAGCAGCAGCGAGAUGCCUCCCCUGGCAGGGGCUCCCACAGCCAGGCUCCUUCCCCAGGGGCCCUGCCCUUGGGUCGCCAGACCUCCCAGCAGCCUGCGGGGCCCCCAGCUCAGCAACGACCUCCACCACAGGGUGGCCCUCCACAGCCCGGCCCAGGCUCCCAGCGCCAGGGCCCCCCAUUGCAGCAGCGUCCACCUCCACAGGGCCAGCAGCACCUUUCAGGCCUUGGACCCCCAGCUGGCAGCCCCCUGCCACAACAGCGCCUACCAAGUCCCACAUCGGCACCCCAGCAGCCUGCAGCUCAGGCUGCACCACUGACCCAGGGUCAAGGCCGUCAGUCCCGGCCAGUGGCAGGAGGCCCAGGAGCGCCUCCAGCAGCUCGUCCACCUGCUUCCCCAUCUCCCCAGCGCCAGGCUGGUCCCCCACAGGCUACCCGCCAGACAUCUGUCUCUGGUCCGGCUCCACCAAAGGCUUCGGGGACCCCACCGGGUGGGCAGCAGCGCCAGGGUCCGCCCCAGAAACCCCCAGGCCCCGCUGGCCCCACACGCCAGGCAAGCCAGGCAGGUCCUGGGCCCCGCACUGGGCCACCCACUACGCAGCAGCCUCGGCCUAGUGGCCCAGGCCCUGCCGGACGUCCAGCCAAGCCACAACUGGCCCAGAAACCCAGCCAGGACGUGCCGCCACCUGCCACCGCUGCUGCCGGGGGACCCCCGCACCCCCAGCUCAACAAAUCCCAGUCUCUGACCAAUGCCUUCAACCUUCCAGAGCCAGCCCCGCCCAGGCCCAGCCUUAGCCAGGAUGAGGUGAAAGCUGAGACCAUCCGCAGCCUGAGGAAGUCUUUCGCCAGCCUCUUCUCCGACUGACACCCCUCCCCCAAGAACCCCCAAAUCCCUGGGCAACCGUUCUCUGGGCCCCGGAAUCCAUUUCUCACCUUUCAGGAAUCCCCAGAUCCCUCAAGGACCCCCUUUCUCCUUGGUUCUCAUUCUUCCUCCAGCUGCUCAAGUCCCUUGACACACUUCAUGCCUGGUCCUAAAGCUCUGUCUGCCCCAUCUGCAAACCCCCAGUCCUUGUAGAACUGUGCUCCUGCUCACUGCCAGAUUGGCAUUAGGACCUCCCAGUUCCCCAAGGCUGCCUCUGCAGGUCUUCACAGAAGGUGUUGCCCUCCCUGGAAGCUCCUGAAUCCAAGGCCACCUAUUUCUGGCCCUACCACCACCGAGUCUCCUCUGCAGCCCUGAGAUUCCUGGAAAAACCCUAUUACUGGUCCCCCAUCUUCCUAGCAUAGGAAACCCUCCUUUUGAACUCCUUUCCAUGGCUCUCCUAUCUCCUUGGAGAUCCACAUCUUCGGACACCACCCACUGCCCAGUGCCCCAAGGAUUUCCCUUCACCCGCUCCUCCAACCCUAUAUUCAGCACUUUUGGGAGUUCCUCCCACUUCUAGCACCCUUCAGGUCCCCCCAGGGCCCCCCUCCCCAGAUUCCUGCCUCUGACAGCAGUCUUUAAAUAUGCAAACUCCACCCACCCUCCCAGAAUCCUUUGCACACGGAAGGCCAACUGGUCUCCCAUUGCCCCCACCUUUGCUGUGACGUCUGUGUCUGUGACUGACGUGGCCUCCUCUUGUGCUGUGCUUGGCAUAUGUGGUCCUUGUUCAUCGUGCCGCCUGUGGUGAUGUGUGCAGUGAUGCUGUUUGUGUGGUCUGCACCUUCCUCCCCAUCUCCACUCCUUGCCUGGACCUCUCCCCUAUCCCUCAGCGGCUCUGAACCCCAAGAAAAGAGUCAGGAAGCAAAAUAAACAAGCAAAGGCCCA